UAUUGCUGACUAGCCAUGACUUCUCAGAUACAUCAGAAUUAUUCCACCAAAGUGGAGGCUGCCGUCAACCGCCUGGUAAAUCUGCACCUGUGGGCCUCCUACACCUACCUCUCUCUGGGCUACUACUUCAACCGUGGCGAUGUGGCUCUGGCAGGCGUGGGCCAUUUCUUCUGCAAGCUGGCCAAGGAGAAAUGCGAGGGUGCCGAGCAUCUCCUGAAAAUGCAAAACCAGUGCGGAGGCCGAGUGCUCCUCCAAGACGUGCAGAAACCUUCUGAAGAUGAGUGGGGUAAAACCCUGGACGCCAUGGAAGCUGCCCUGGCCCUGGAGAAGAACCUGAACCAAGCUCUUUUGGAUCUUCAUGCCUUGGGCUCUGCCAAGACAGACCCCCAUCUCUAUUUCCCCCCUUGUGAUGGAGAUGAUUUUGAAUGA